AGUGACGUCACUAGGCUGACUCCCUUCCUGCUGCAUCACAGCAGCCUUUAGCAGCUCUUGUAGUACUUCUGACCGUAGGGACGGAAUAUACACCGCUAGUUCACAAAUAAAAACAACUACCUGAACGGCUUUAACAACAUCCUAAGACGGGGCUAGGUGUCAGGAACUGGUUGCUGUGCGAUAACCCCGCUCCAGUUGUUGGGAUAUGGCCAGGCCGGAACAGGUUCUGCUCUUGGAGCCUCAGCACGAACUGAAAUUUAGAGGUCCGUUUUCAGAUGUGGUCACCACAAAUCUUAAGCUCUCCAACUCCACAGACAGGAAUGUAUGUUUUAAGGUCAAGACGACAGCGCCCCGCCGGUACUGUGUGCGGCCUAACAGUGGCAUUAUUGAUGCAGGCACCUCCAUUAACGUCUCUGUCAUGUUGCAGCCUUUUGAAUAUGAUCCCAAUGAAAAGAGCAAGCACAAGUUUAUGGUGCAGUCCGUGCUAGCACCUCCCGACAUGACUGACAUGGAGGGAGUGUGGAAAGAAGCAAAGCCGGAAGAGUUGAUGGACUCUAAGCUGAGGUGUGUUUUUGACAUGCCAGUGGAGAACGAAAAAUCGCAUGACAUGGAGUCCAACAUGUCGUCAAGCUUGCUGAAGUCAGAGUCUUCUGCGCUGCCUGCAAAGUCACCGAGCUCCACCCUGGACUACGGAGAAGUAAAAAAGAUCAUGGAGGAGUGUAAGCGGCUGCAGAUGGAGGCUCAAAGGCUACGGGAAGAAAACAAACAGAUUAGACACGCCCCAAGUUCCAUGAAGAGGGAGGAAGGGUUGAGUUCCCGCUCUGUGGCCCUCAUCCUGCUCUUCUUCAUCAUCGGCGUCAUUGUGGGGAAGUUGGUGUUGUAGAGCGCAGCACUUCAGUCAGCCGCAGCAUGCUUUCAUGGUGGAUGAAAACAAACAAAGGAUAUGGGAUUUCCGAUCAGAAUGCCAUAACUGCUGGGUGGGGGGUGGUACUAGUUUUGAUUCAGUCCCAAUUAUGUAAAAAAAUAAAUUUAAAGUGUAAUCUAUAAGAGAAAAGAGAAAAAAUGACCCACAGGUCUUGCCUCUGUGUAAUCAUCACAUAAUCCUUCUGGCCCUCAUCCCAAAGUUUCAUGUAUUCCGAGGAUUUAUUUCAGGGGUUGUGGGAAAACAGAUUCGUGUUUUAACUGGUAAUUCAGUUCAAUGAAUCUUUUAACACCGGCGAGGUGGUACCGAUGUGACUGGGUCAGAUUGCAACUGUGCGAAUGUCAUUUUAUUAGAUUGUUUCUUUUUCUAAUUGACACAAACCAGAGCCAAACUUCAGGAACAUGUAACUACUCCAUUGUACCGUAAAUCCUGGUUUUCCUGACAGUGGAACCCCCUUUGAAGGAAGGGAGGAUCCAAACCGCCGGGGUUGCACACAGGGCUAUAACAGUCUUCUCCAGUUGGAGGCUUUGUAAUAUCUCGUGUUUAAUUGUGGAGCAGCUUUGGUCAGUGUAAGAAACACUACAACAGGUGUUUUAUGUUUUUAUGCCAUUUCUUUUCCUCAUUUAUUCCUGUCAUCUGUCAAUCACUGCUCACCACAUCCUUGCCUGUCAGAGGAGGAUGUUUGCAUGCAUCCACACGAAUGUUGCAUCUGGACUUUGGAGUCUUAUUUAAUUGCUUUUGUCAAUUGACUGUAGAUUUGCACAAUUUCAUUGCUGUUUUGUUUCCUUCUUCUUCCUUUAUCUUUUUUUUUUUUGCAAUUUUAUUGUUUUAUGAUAUAUAAUUUUUCUUUGGUAGGAGGUCAAGCGCUCAAGCUAUUUCAGCAAACUGAACUGAUGAUUGGAUCGUUUCUGUAAAUCGAUAUGAAAGCUUUGCCUUGUGACCUGUUGGGGCAAGUUAUUCUCAGGCCAAGAUGGAGGUACAAUUACAGUGCAUCAUAAUAGACUGAAGGAGAUCAAAUAGCUUUCCCUGACAUCAACAGGAUUAUGGUUCUGUGAUCGCAUCCUAAAUGCGGUGGGAAAAACAGCUCUUAUUUUCCUCCGUCUCCUAUUGAGCCAUACAUUUGUUGACGUUCUGUCUUAUUUCUGGCAAAUGCACGUCAAAAUCACCGGAAUCUUUAAGGUGUUGCAUUUCUCUCACAGGCCUGUGUUCAGUUUUGGUGGUUUUUUUUUUUAAUUUUUAUUCCUGUUAGUUCAUCUCUGCAUUGAAUCAUAAACAUUUUAAUGCUCUAAACGCAACAUUAUCACAGAUCCGUCUGCAGCUGUGUUGUUGUCUUAAGCCAGCAGCAGGGAGUCAAUACAGCCAGGCUAUAACUUGGGGGACCAUACCGUGCUUUCAUCGUCAAAUAAAAAACACGCAUGUUCACCAAUCAUAUUUGUGUAUUGUGGGAGAGCAGUGUCGUUCCGUUUUCAUUCUUUGAAGGAAAAACAAGCAGUUGGUGAUAUUUUUAUCCUGCCGUGUACAAAUAGAAUAAGUAAAACAUUCUUUCAGUUCACGUUUGCUGAGAAAUAAAAAAAAAUUUCAGAAAUGUUCUAUUUUUUUCUGUUGAGUGGAGGGAAAGUUAAUAUGGAUCUCAUUGGUGGGUUAGGAAGUUCAAAUAAACAUGAGUUUGUGUUUUUACUGUAUCUCUGUGAAGUUUUUGGGUUGAGGAUCACCUCCUUAGAGGGAGGGCAGAGCAUACCGGAGCUGCAGCUCAGUCUUGGGUUAUCAGAUUUAAAUCAAAUAGUGUUUCCAUGAAGCUGUUCUUGUUUCGUUCCAUUCAGUUUGGAGCAUCCAAAUGUUUAACACCAAGAUUAAAUUUUGACACACCAUAAUAAAAGUCAGUUAUCAAGUGUGUAAAUCUGAUUCUGAUGCUGUAAAUUACACCAGCUUGGGACUGACCAAAUAAAGCAGUUAUGUGUAAACACUAAUCGAUCCAGGCCUGGUUGUAAAAUGGUCUACGCUGAACCUUCCUGAAGUCUCCGUACAUCACCGUGAUCAUUGUAAGCACUCAAGAAACUGUUUUGUAUGUAUAUAAAUGAAAAGUCUAUCUGAGAAGAUGAUUAAAAUUCUUAGUCAAGUAGUCUGGUGUAAAAAAAACAAAACAAGACAACAAAAAAAACCAAAAAAACAACCCAAGUUGGUUGGAUUAUGUAGCAUCUUAAUAAAUUAAAUGAAUAAAGCUUCUUCCUAAA